CUUUAAGAGACUCGUAUUUGUUUUGGAGCUGCUUGCUGAAGUUUCUGAUGUAUAUUUGAUUUUACUGUACUUAGCCAAGAUCUGAACUUAGUGAAAUGUCGUCGAUGGAGGAUUUUACGCACUUCCCGCUGCAGAUGUGGGAAAAGGUGCUGUCGAAGGUAAAGAAAGCGGUUGUUUUUAUGGAUGACAAGUGUGCAGAGGCUCUUCACUGGAGCGGAGGUGCUGCUGCCUUAUUAGAGGCUGGAGCCAAGAAUUUAAAGCAGUUUUCAAGUUUCGAAGCCUGUAGCGUAAACGAACCAAAAGCUGUGUUCGUGGUAAGCACUUUGUUGAAGGGACGAACAAUCGACAUAAUAAAAGACAUCAUAUCCCUCAGUCACUUCCAGUACUGUGUUGUUUUCACCACAGUCGCUCACUCCGUGCACCUGCUCGCCAACAAUGUCACGACUGAAAUGGAAGGUAGUCCUGUAUUUGAGCAGUUUGAAGAAAAGCUAUGCGAGUGGAUGGGAAACAUGAACUACACUGCUGAAGUCAUGCAUGUCCCUGUGGUCUUCGCCCCUGUGUCACAACAGCUCCUCCUCACACCAACGUUUGCACACCUGUUUCCCUUGCUUUCACCUGACUUAGACACAGUAAACGCAAAACGCCCAGAAAAAAAGAGAUUUGGAAGUCUGGUAGAUAUAGACAUGAACUCCCUCCCUAUUGAGCUGCAACUUGAAAUCAAGCAUCUGGCCUCUGCACUGAAUUCAAUGUUUGAGGCCACAGGAACCAGGGAGGAAAGCUUUGCUGUUGGUCCCAUGAGCCGCAUCAUCGCAGGAGAACUGGCCAAUCACCCUCAAGCCAAAAACCGAAGGAAGACUGCUCCAAAUAAAGCAUCCAUUAUCUUUAUUGACCGAACAAUGGAUCUUACAGGAGCUGUUGGUCAUCAUGGUGACAACCUGGUGGAGAAGAUUCUAACUGUACUGAAACCAUUACCUGGUCAUGUGACCGAUGUACAGGUGGAUAUGCUAGAGCUCACAAGUCUGCAACACACCCCUGACUCCCUGAACAUCCUUGCCCCUGGCUGCCUAGCACAGGCUGAGUCAUCUACAGCACGGUCACUGUGGGAGGCCAUGCUGACCAGUAAGCAAAAGGAGGGUGUGAUGGAGGUUCGUCGGCAACUUGUGGAAGCAGCCAGCAAGGAGAAGCUGCCAAUCAAGAUGAGCAUGGGUCGUGUGACCCCUGAGCAGUUGUGCUCCUACACACGUCUGUUCCGGAGCAGUUGGGGGGCGCUAGAGAGUCACUGUGGGGUGCUGCAGCUGGGACUGGCCACGGCCCAGACCCUCCGCCACCCCAGCCUGCCCCGCUGGGAUGCCUGCCUGGCCUUCGAGAGGCUGCUGCUGCAGGCUCUCGGAGACUCCGAUUUCCCCACCGUGCUGAGGCAGCUGCUGCCCCUGAUGAAGCCCCGUGAGGACGAGGGCACCUCAGGGUCCGGCCGGGCAGAGGAGGAGUGUGGUCCGGAUGAGCUGGUCCUCCUGCUGGUCUACCUGUACUCCCUGGCUGAUGAGGCGCAGUCGGCCGACCUGGACACCGAGGAGGAGCAGCUGGAGAAGCUGGAGAGGGAGCUGAUAGGAGCACUCACCCUAGUCAUCACCCGCGAGACACAACUCAGUCCUUUGCUCCAGAAACUCACAGGUUGUACAGACCCAGAGGAGCUGACCACAGAGCGAGCUCAUUCGGCUAUGGAGGACAUGUUUGAGACCCUCCGAGGUUUAAGUCACACCAGAGACCACCUUAAGCAACUGCGCUCUGUCUACACCGCCAGUGACGGAGUUCACCAGGCAAACUAUCAUUCUUUCCUGCGUCAAGUCCUGGAGGAAGUCUUCCACCCUGACAGACUGGAAUGUCCUGACAUCGAGCACAUGUCUGGAGGCCUCACAGACCUGCUGAAGACCGGUUUCAGUAUGUUUAUGAAGGUGAGUCGACCACAUCCCAGUGACAACCCUCUGCUCUUCCUCUUCCUGGUCGGCGGGGUCACGCCUGCAGAGCUUCGCCUCAUCAAAGAGCUAGUCUCCGCCCACAAACCAGGGACACAAGUGCUGGUUCUGUCUACUCGACUGCUGAGGCCCACAGAUAUCGCUGAGCUCCUCUUCACCACCCAAAGACUGGCUCCUGAUAUCGGUGUCUAACGGCGUCACGUGGAAAGACACAUGGAGAAGGACACAUGCACCAAAAAUGUGGAGAGAAUAACGAGAGGCUUUAUUAAAAUCAAGGAGACAGAGUGCAAAGAAGCAACAAAACAUUCCUAUCAGGCAAACAUUAAUGCAUUCUGCUGGAUAAGAGUUUAAAGUAAGGUAUACAUUCAUUAUAUAAAGGGAGCAUUGUGGCUUAUUUUCCUCAGGCACAGAAAAUAAGUAUGAUAUUAUUGUCCUUGCCAAAUGUUAAUAUCAAAAUUAAAAUGAGUUACUUUUCAAAU